CGUGGUGGGGGGUCUCAUGGCCUCCAGGGGGCGCGCGUGAGUCGGGAGCAGGGAGCAACGGCUGCCUGCCUUGCACCGCCUCUGCUUCCGGGAGAACCGUUACCUGGCAACGCGAACGGAGGCAGAACAGGUUGGACAGUUCGGGUCAGUGAGAAGGGAAGAGGCGACUGCGGGCGGGCGCAGAACAAGAUGAGACAAGGCGGUGGACACAGGAAGGACUGCGGGGACAGCAGUGGCGGGAGCAGGGGGCAGAAGACGGACCCCCUGCCGAUCUCCGUCUCCGGGGCCCUGGCCAGCUGCGAGGAGGCAGGACCGGAUAAUUAUACAUCAGGAACAGAAAGUCAAAUCCAACCGCAAUCAGCACUAAAAAUCCUUCAACAACAGCUGAAAUCAUUUCAGGCACUUCGGCAACAGACUCUGCUGAAUGUUAAUAUGGUACAAUCUGAAAUCAGUGAGAUACUGAAUAAAAAUAUAAUUGACGUCAAAACUCCACAGUGUAGCCCAGACAAGCUUCUGAUGACCAGCACACCUCCUGAGAUGGCUGUGCCUACAGGGAGUCCAGAAACACCAUUGUCUAAGAAGAAAUUUCAUCUUGAUAAGAAACUCUGUACCACUCAAUCUGUGGAAGCAAAUUCUAAUACUAUCUUUGGAAAUGUGGUCAGUGAUGAAAAUAUUUCACAUCAGAUUUCAUUAAAAGCUGUAACAACUGGAAAGAUUGAAAACUCAGUAGAACCAAUUAAAAACAAAACUAUGAUUGCUCUAAAAAACGAUUAUAAAUUGAAGGAUUAUGCCAAAAAUGAAUGUUUUCUACCUUGUACUAAUUUGGAGGCUGAAAGUAUGGUGCCUCCUAAUAAGAAAGUAAUUUUGGAUGAAUCUAAAGCUCUUGUGCCUCUUCUCAAAUAUAGUGAUGGACUUCAUUUAAUAGACAACUUUAGCUAUUCUAUCAAGCCAUUAAAAGAAGAACGUCAAAAGUCUCAUGAACAGGAAGUAGCACAUGCAUUUGGACAUCAGAAUAUUUCCUGUAGUCAAAGUAAUGUUUUUGAUGAUAUGUCAGAACAAGACCAAGAAAAAUCUGCUCUUUUUUUAUCUAGAGAGAAAUUACAUGUGGACUUAAAAUCAAGGAAAAUUUCAGAAUCUGAGGAAUCGGUAGACAGUUUGCAUGUUGCUCUGGUUUCCCUUAAAGGAAAUAAUCUGAGUCUUGGCGAAGAAUUUAAUAAAGACUCUGAAUGUGACAGCUCACAGAAUUCUUCACAUAUAACUAUAUGCAGUACACAAACAGAAAGUGAAACCAAGAAUAAAAACAAAGAAUUGCAUAGCACUGACAGUGGUGUUGGCAUGUUCCAGUUAAAUGUCAUUUCUAAAACAGUAAAAGAUAAAUUACUAAUGUUCGAUCACAUAGAGAAACCACAGAAAGAAAAAGAAAAGCAGCUGCAAAUCAUAAAUCAAAGGUUACUAAAGCUUGGAAAUCAGAACUUCUAUGAAAUCAGAGCUGAUGAGUACUCUGCAAAAAUGGAAGAGUUACAAAAUUCGCUGAAAGAUUCUAAACACUUGCAAAAGAAAGUGAUGGAACUUGAGAAUGAAAAUGUAACUCUCAAGUCAAAAAUGAAACCUCUUACUGUUAUAAUAAGGUCUCUAAGAGAGAGAAAUUCACAGUAUGAGAAGCAAAUUAAGGAUUUAGUUGAAGAAAAGAAAAGCAUGCAUGUCAGGUUAGUUAAAUCAGAAGGAGACAGCAAAGAAUGUAUUAAAGAAGUGAAAAAGUUGUUAAAGAAAUGCAAAGAACUUCAAGAACAAAAGAAAACUCUUGAGGGAGAGAGGAGUCAACUCUGUACUGAAAACCAAUGUAUGAUGCAAGCAUUAGAUGACUUCAAAAUUAAUAACCAGAAAGCACAAGAAAAUAUGAUUGCUGUUAUCAGUGAAAAAGAUAGGCUUUUUGCGGAACUAGAAUCUUUGCAAAAGGAAUCAUCAGUGUUACAAGAAGCAAAUCAGAAACUAGAGAUAAAAACAUCCCAGCUUGCAAAAGAAAAUAACUCACUUGAAAAAGAACUUGAAAAAAAUCAGAUUGAAAUACGACAACUGAAAGAAAAAGAAAAUAUAACAAACUCUGAACAGGAGACUCUUCUUCACAUAAUGCAAUCACUUAAAGACAAAAAACUUGAUCUUGAAAUGACAUUGCAAGAAUGUGCUAAUGCUAGACAAACAACGCAGAAGGCUCUUGAGAAGGUCCAGUCAGAUAAAUCUUACACAGAGGAGAAACUCUUGACUGAACUUCAAAAUACAAAAGCAGAAAGGGAUAUUUUGAAGACUAACUUGUUGAAUAUGAACAGAGAAUGGGAGAAUUUAUCAACAGUGGUGGCAAAUAUCACGGAGGAUAAUCGGGUUCUUAAAAAAAACCUGCAGGAAUGUAAACAAGAUACUUACAAAUAUGAAAAUAACAUCAGAACAUUGAAUGAAGACCAUUUACUAAUGGAAAACCAUCUGCGGACGAUAGAAAAUGAAAGGGAUGUAUUGCAGUUUGAAUUUCGCCAUCUCCAUAAGCAUUAUGUUAAUCUAAGGGAUCAAAUUACUGUUCUGGUUAAUGAGCAGCAUAAACACAGUUACAUUUCAGGCCAGGAAAAAUAUCACUCCAUGUAUUCCACUGAAAUUUGUGAAGAAAUUUCUGAUUACAGGUAUACAGCUUUAGAAUGCAAUCCACAAGGUAUGUGCUGUACUUCGCAACAUCUUACUGCACAAGUGUUGUUUUAAUUUUAAUUUACCCAGUUUGAGCACCAAUUAACUUUUUAGAUAAAUUACUUACCAAAACCAUUACCACACUAUACAUUGGUUUGAAUUCCCUGCUUAGGAAAACUCUAGGUGUUUUGGUUUUUUUUAAGCCUGAAGCAGUUUAAGUCUUGGUUGCUUAAUUUAAGAAUUUUUUAUUUCCAAAAAAAACGAGAUUCUACAUAAUACAGACAUGAUUUUUAUUAUAAUAAAACAACCUCAAGGAGACCCUGAUUCAAAGCCUAUUGAAGGCAUACUUCAUUUACUUUAAUGAGCUCUGGAUUGAACCUUGAGAGUGCUACGUUGUGCUUGGGUUUUUUUAAUUGUCCUGAAGUAUCUCUUAAAAGGAAUUACUCCCACUAUUUUUUAAAGAAAACUGUCUUUCUUUUCCAGGCAAUUCCAGUUAAACUGCAAAAGUCUUGCUUCAGAGAAAUUAUAAUAAACAUUCUUUCUUUUAAACCAAUUAAAAAUUCUGCUGUUCACUUAUUUCAGUUUUCAGUUGUCACUUCAACAAAUGCUCCUUUUUGUUUGAAGUUUCACAAUAUGAAAUUUCCCGUAUGCUUUUCUGAACACUUGACCCUUGGCUGUAUUUUAUAGAUUCAUAUGGGCAGAUCCUCAGCAGAUGUAAAUUGUCACAGCUCCACUGAAGUUAAUGGAGCUAUCAGAAAUUACCCCAGUUGAGGAUCUGCCCCCCUUGAUUUUGUAAUCUUUCAGUCAGACAAACUGCCUAACACAGCCCAGAGCAUUUCACCCAGUUAUUCCUGCAUUGAGCCCAAGGAUUUGAAUUUAAAUUAUAUACCCAUCUGAACAUAUGGUUUAGAAAGCUAUCCAGUCUUGCUUUAUGGUUAACGAUGACCAACUAUCAUUUUUAAAUAGCAAUUGCAUUGUUUACACCAGAUUCUAAUGUUUUUUUAAAUGUUUUAGUUAAAAUAGGUCUUGACACAUUUGCUAGCAAAUUUAAUUUUCCUGCUGCAGAUAUAUGCCAAGAGAGGGCCAUAGAUAAGUAGGGAGAAGGGAGGGGGCCUGUGGGAUUCCAUUACUGUAUGGAUAUUCCUGUUACCAUAGCCCAUGGAGUUGAGAGAGGGAAUUGCAUCACAAGAAUAUCUCACAUUGGCUAUUUCAGCUAUGGGGCUGAAGUAGUCUCUGUGUAGUAGUGACUCUACAGCCUGGAUGGGAGGACUGUAGUUUACAUUCUUAGCCCACUACACCUUAUUUUUUGAGGGAUUAUUUUUAGUCACCUAAAUAAAUAGGGUUCUAUGAAAUAAAUCCCUGAAUGAAAAAUAAAGCAAGGUAACUAGAAACUGGAGUCCUGUCAAUUCCCUCCAGAGACUCAUAUUCACCAUACUUUUUCCUCAUGUAGUGCAAGUGGCACUCAUUUGUUUCCAUGUACCACAGAGCACAGAAAUGAGAGAGAAGGCACCUAAUGUUCAGUAGAUGUAUCAAGAGAGAUAGUGACUCUUUUUGUGUGUGUGUGAGUAGAUUUACUUCCCAAGAAAAUGAGAAAUUAUCAGACCUGUCCUGAGCAAGGUUUAGUGUAGACAGGUGCUGUACAAACAUCAUAAUACAAUUCAAUUACCACAGCUUAACCCUGACCAGCAACACACCUGCUAUUCUAAUCUGGACCACCUGUGCAGAGAUUGCUACUCAUUUGAAACGGUGUGAUGGACAACUGAGGACUAAAGGACGAAUGUUACAUUCACUCACACUGUAAACUUCUCAGAGUAGGGACUAUCUUAUUAUUUGUUUGUACAGCACAAUGAAUCCCUGCCCUGAUUGGCACCGUUGGGCACAACUGUAAUAUAGAUACUACUAAUAAUGGUAACCUAAAUUAAAGACUCUGAACUUAGGCCUCCAGAGGUGAAAAGCUAGUACACUAACCCAGUGUGUCAUUUACCCUGACUUUCCCCAUGAUUCAAAACUUUGAAUGUUGUGCAAAUCUAAUGGUGUAUAGAGGAAAUUGCCUAUUCAGAAAAAUCCCUGUUCAGAGAAUUCCAUUAGAGAUAAGUGUUCGUUGCCACCACCACACCCCAAUAUUUGGAGCUGAAUGUGAGAAAAGAGCACUUAUAUACCCCUGAUAUAUAAUACUAUACUAUAAAUAUAUUUUAGCAUUCCUUUUAUUUAUACUAGUACAGUUAAUUAAUGAAUGACUAAGAAGUGGAUUAAAAUGCUUGUCUUGUUUAUAUGGUAGGGUAAUGCACUCUAUAGGGUUGUGAUUUCUAAAGCGCACUGCCAUGUUGUGCAUUAAUUGGUCCAUGCAGACCCUGCUGGUGCACUUUAAAGUAGUGCUGUUUGAAACUAAAGGUUCUCUAGUCUAGUGCACACCAGCAUGGCCUAGAUCAGAGGUGGGAAAACUAUGGCUCGUGGGCCACAUCUGGCCUGCGGGACCCUCCUGCCCGGCC